AUGGCCAGGCAUGGGCUGCCAAGGCCCGGCUGCCUCUUGGCUGCCGCCUUGCUUUUAGUAAGCUUGCUGCAAUUUCAAUGGCUAGAUUUUACAGCUUGGCGAUCCGCCGACAGGAAUUGCUCCAGCUCUCGACUCGUUGGCUGGAGAUGGCAGCCCUCCGUGCGAGGGCAACUUCCUGCAAUGAGACUCGGUCCGGGUGGUGGCUCUGAUCCGGUCAACAAUGUGUCGCCUGAAAUGUCAGCUGCUGGACGAAAGUAUGCUCAGAAGUACGAGGACAUCAUGUUAGCUGGACAGAAGGUUUGGGAGGAAAUGCUGAAGAAAGACGAGGUCCCAAAGAAGAUCUACUUCAUUGGCACAAAUGGAAACACAGGUGAGAUGGUUGCAGAAGCCUUGAUGGAUUCGCUAGCGUAUGUCCCAGCUCCCGAUGGGACUUUGUUUUUGCGCAGAAAACCGGGGGUCGACUACCCGAAGCUGAAAUACUAUCUUCUGAACGGGGACAAGGAGUUGGCAGCGAGAGCUCCAAAAUCGCCGGUGGACCUGUACAUGGAAGAUGAAAAGAAAUAUCGUGAGCUGGAGACUGAAGUGUUGAAGGAGUUUCAAAACCUGGAAACGGAAGGCCAGCCUGCCGGCAUCAUCGUCGGAGAGAGCGCUGUUAGCAUUCCCGAGAAUGUUGAAAUCCUGAAAACCGGCUUGGUGAUCUGGAUAGAUGUUGCGGCAGAGUUCAGCUGGAGCAAGACACAGAUGAGAGCCAAAGCCGGUGGCGGACUCUUCAUCCCCUACGAGAUUAUCAGGCCGCCUGUUUGGUGCAUUGCAAAUGGCUGGGAUGGAGACAUUGAUGACGGGGAGGCAAAGGCGGAAUACAUGGAUAUGGUCGAGAAAUACAACGAGAUGUACGAGGAAGUCGCUGACCUUCGUCUUCGAGCAGAUACCCCUGGCAUUGUCGAGAACCAGUACUGGGGCGCCGAGCGAUUAUCCAAGGCCAUCGCGGAGUUCUAUGGGAUUGACACCGAGGGAGCCUCUGUCGAGGAGGAGGUCUUGGAACGUGAUCUGGAAAAGUUCUUGGAGAGUGCUCGCCUCUCCAAGUACAUGCAGGCUGCACUGGACUGGUGCGAUGAACAGGGUGCAGCUUCCAUAGAGGACAUCGUGGAAAACACUGAUGACUUUGCUGAGGCGCUGUCACUGAAGCCCUUGGAAAAGAAGCGCCUGGCAAAGGCCGCUGAAUCCGUUGCAGCUGUUGCAUAG